CUUCUCUCCCGUCCCUUCUCUCUCUUCGUGAUGUGUUGUUAUUUAGUAAGCUGUUAAGCUAAAGCCAGGGCCGCUCCUCUGCUGUUAAGCUAAAGCGCGCUGGCCUGCUCCCACCGCCGCCCACCCCCCCCGUCUUCUUCCUCACCCAUCUCCGCCAGUCCCCUUCCUCACUGCAUUUCUUGGUUUUCUCCCUCCACCGGAACCAAGCGAUGUCUCCGGCGCCGAGUUCGCAUCAUUCGCAAACCAAUUCGAGGAAGGAGAAGCGGAUGCGGAAGGUGGACACCUUCGCGCCGCACAACGAUGGCCACCAAUGGAGGAAGUACGGCGAGAAGAAGAUCAACAACACCAACUUCCCCAGGUAUUACUACAGAUGCACGUACAAGGACAACAUGAGCUGCCCGGCCACGAAGCAGGUGCAGCAGAAGGACCACAGCGACCCGCCAUUGUACGCGGUCACCUACUACAGCGACCACUCGUGCAACAGCGCCUUCCUCCCGCUCUCCCCCUCCGAGUUCCAGCUGCGGACACCGUCCGGGAAGGCCGUCUCCAUCUGCUUCGACUCCUCGUCCGGGGCGGCGGCGGCCGUGGCGUCGGUCGCCACCAAUGCUAGCGGCGGCUCGCCCUCUUCCAGCGCCGCGGCGGCGCGGCGAGGCACGCCGCCGGAUAUCAGUUACCCGUCCGACCUGCGGCGGUCUGACACUUACCCGUGGGGCGCCGGCGCCGUGGAGCAGAAGCUGGCGUCCUGCGCCACCGAGUGCCACGACGCCUUCUCGGCCGGCGCCGUGCCGGAGGAGGUGGUAGAUGCAGGCAGAUUUGGGUCUAUCAGGUUCUUCCAUUUUUUGUAAAUUCAUCGGUGGAAGGCAACUGAUUUUACUUCGACAAACUAAGGCCCUGUUCCAAUCUCGCGAGAUAAACUUUAGCAGCUAUUUUUUAGCUACUUUUAGCCAUUUAUAAUCUAAACAUGAGAGCUAAUGGUGAUAAUUGAAACUAAACUUUAGCACUUCAAUUCAUAUAGCUAAAGUUUAGCAGGAAGCUAAAGUUUAGCUCAUGAGAUUGAAACGGGGCCUAAUAUGAUACAGAUGUUUCUUUUUUACAUGCCGAAGCUUACCCGACAUUCGCAUGCAACUUUUUUUUUCUUGGUUCAAA